AUGCAGCAGAUCAACUGCUCCAGCAGUUCCCAGCCCCCUUAUGUCUUUCCAGUAAAUGCAGCCACUAGUGCUGUCCUGGGGCUGUGCUUUGUGCUGGGGAUCCCUUGGAAUGUAGCAGGGCUGAGGAUUCUUGUCCAACGCGUGAGGGAGAACAGCUUCACUCUUAGAAUAAUGCUGUGCCUGGCGGUGUCGGAUCUGCUGACUCUCCUUCCCCUGCCGAUGUGGAUCUGGGCUCUUCUGCAUGACUGGAUCUUCGGCUCUGUUGGGUGCAAGAUCAUCUCCUACAUUGACUAUUGGAGCAUCUAUUGUAACACAUUGUGUGUAACUUUGAUGAGCUUUCAGAGGUACAUGCAGGUGCUCCAUCCUCAGAAAUGGGCUAAACUUAGAACCAGAGGAGAGAACGGCCUUUUGUGUGGAAUAUGGAUCCUGAGUGGAGCGUUGGCUUCAUAUGCUCCUGUUCAGCGUGACGUAGGAUGUGAUCAAUACGGAUUCCAGUACUGCUACCAACACUUUAGGAACGAUACAGAAAAAGUAGUCAGUUUAGUCUUGGAAAUACUACAAUUUGGGAUGUGUUUCUUCUUGCUGGUUUUCUUCUACUAUCGUCUUCACCGAGGGGUCAAUCAGUCACCUUUCUUUAGCAGCAACAGAAUGACAAAGCUGGUGACGAGAAUUGUUCUGGCAUUCUUCAUCUUCUAUAUCCUGGUUCCCAUCGCCAACAUCUCAAUUAUCAUUGCAGUGUUUCUGAAGAAUGAAAAUCUGUUGGAAUCUGUAGAACUUUUUGGUAAAGUGGCCAGAGCUCUGACAUUUCUGAACAGGUGUGUGAACCCUUGUCUGUACACGUUCUCUCUUAGAGGGCAGCACCCUAGCAGUCCUGUGACGGAGAAUACUUAGGUUCAGCAUUACAAAGCAGAAUGCAUGAAGAGUACAUUUUCCAGGAUAAAUCAUGUGUUUCAGCUUAACAUUUACGUUACAUUUGGUUUUAAUUGCUCAUUCAGUUCAU